CUGUGAUUGGAUUGGAGAAAAGACAGUAUAACAAUCCAAUGUGGGUUGGAGAGGAUCAAUAUGUUGAAUUAUCCACGCAACCGAGCAGAAAAGACCAAAACAACAAGAAAAACCCUUCACCUUCAUACCCUAAAAGAGUCCCUUCACAUUUCCUCAAUAAGCACCAAUCUAAUGAGAGGAGAAAUACGAAAGGAAAUCUAAUCUCAGACCCUGGGCAAUCCUCCACAGAAUUUAUUGAGAAUUAUGAGGAGUCUUGGUCCGAAUAUGGACUUGAUAUAGAGAAAAAAUAACCCUGAACCAACAAUGUCACAGAGCAACCAAAGCCAAGGCCAAGACGAGAAGCAGGAACAACAAACACCCCUGGAAUUUACAUGUUCUCCAAUCACCUCAAUGGUUGAUUCCGAUAGCUUCAUUUCGUGGAGCAAAGCAAACCCACCAAAGGACUUUGUGUGCCCGAUAACUAGCAACAUAUUCAAUGAUCCAGUAACCCUCGAGACUGGCCAGACCUACGAACGCGAAGCUAUUGGAGAAUGGCUAGAUCGAGGAAACUCAACAUGCCCAGUUACGCGUCAGAAGCUUUCAAGCACUCAAUUGCCGAAAACCAACUAUGUUCUCAAAAGACUUAUCGAUAGCUGGAUAGAACAGAAUCCAUAUUCAACUCCAAUUCAAAAUCAGUCACAAAGCCCUUCUCCAUUGCGUGCACCGUCUCCUACUAGCGUCAUAAGCCAAGCUUCCAUCGAUGGAACGACAGCAGAUCUUCGCCUUGCAAUCUCACAGCUCUGCACUUCUGAGAUCCUCGAUGAAUCUGAAAUGGCUGUUCUUCAUAUUGAACAGUUUUGGAGGGACUCCAACAUGGAGUCUGAGAUUCUCGCAGCUUUAUCGAAACCUGCGGUGAUCAAUGGCUUUGUUGAAAUACUGUUUAAUUCUGUCAACCCUCAAAUUCUCAGGUCUACAGUUUUCUUGCUCGCCGAAUUAGCGUCAAAGGAUAAAUAUGUUAUCCAAACUCUGACACGGGUCGAUUCUGAUAUUGAUUGCAUGGUUGCCCUCUUCAAGAAAGGACUAGUGGAGGCAAUAGUACUGAUUUAUUUGCUGAAUCUCUCUUUGGGGAAUCUAAUAGGAAUGGAUAUGCUUGAUGCGCUUAUAAUGACUGUAAAGAGAAACGUAGAAGAUGAGUUUGAUAUUUGUUUGAAGCCCAAGACUGUGUCUGUGCUUCUCUUGUGGCGAAUGAUGAGAAACGAUGCGAGAACUUCAGCAGUUGUUGCUGGUUCUCUGGUUUCAGGGAGGGCCAUUCAGAGUGUUGUUUUGAGCUUGGGAGCUGAGUUGAUUGAGGAGAGGAUAGCUGCUAUUGGGAUUUUAGUUAGGUGCAUUGAGGAGGAUGGAAAUUGUAGAAAUUUGAUUGCUGACCAAGCUAAGUUGGCACAAGUUAUGGAGAGUUUUACAGUGGCGAAUGACAUUGAAAGACUUGAGAUUGUAAGGUUUCUUCAUGAGCUGGUGAAGCUGAGCAGGAGAACAUUCAACCAGCAGAUUCUGCAAAUUAUAAAGGAUGAAGGUGUUUUCAGUACAAUGCACACCCUUCUUCUUUAUCUACAGACAGCUCUCAAGGAUCAAGCGCCCAUAGUUGCAGCUCUACUUCUGCAGCUUGAUCUUUUGGUUGAGCCAAAACUGAUGAGUGUAUACCGUGAAGAAGCCAUCGAUGCUCUUAUAUCUUCUCUAAAAGAUUCGAACUUCCCAAGUACUCAAAUUCUCGCUGCAGAGACGAUCUCAUCUCUUCAAGGCAGGUUCUCAUACUCUGGCAAGCCCCUGAUUCGAGCUUUUCUCUUAAAGCACGCAGGAAUGACGAAGAGCUACAGGGCAUUAAUGCGCGCAGAACAGCUUGGUCAUGUUCUUGAAGAUCCUGAUGAAAAUUUGGAGGAAGAGAAAGCAGCCGACGAAUGGGAAAGAAGAAUGGCAUUUGCUCUGGUGAGCCAUGAGUUUGGAUUGAUCUUUGAAGCUUUAGCUGAUGGUAUGAAGAGCAAAAAUGCUGAGUUAUUCUCAGUAUGUCUAGUAUCUGCAACUUGGCUUGUUCAUAUGCUAUCUUUUCUUCCUGAUACUGGGCUAAGAGGGGCUGCAAGAAUGUGUUUGCUGAAACGAUAUAUUUCGAUUCUGAAGUCAUCGAGAAAUGUUGAUGAUAAAGCAUUCGCUAUGCUCGCACUCAGAAGCUUUAUGAAUGAUCCUGAGGGAAUGAAUGUUCUUACCUUACACAUUAAGGAUAUCAUGAAAACUAUGAGAGAAUUGAAGAAAUCAUCUGUUAUAGCAUAUGAGAUGCUGAAACUUCUCUCGGAUGGGCAAGAAUCCAGUACUCAUGAUUUUUGGAAUCAUAAAGAGUUGAAUCAAGCAGAUUGUAGCACAAAUGGAGAGGUGUCAUCAAUAGUUUACUUCAGGAAGAUGAUCUUUUCUGGACAUUCAGAUGGAACAAUAAAGAUAUGGAGUGGGAGCGAAAAUAUCCUUGAUCAGAUCCAAGAAGCUCGGGAACAUACAAAGGCAGUCACCAGCUUGGCCAUCCUACAAUCUGGAGAUAAAUUGUACAGCGGUUCGCUUGACAAAACUGUUAGGGUUUGGUGUAUUCGAGAUGGAAAAAUAUGCUGUGUAGAAGUUCAUGACAUGAAAGAUCAGGUUCAUAAUUUGACUGUUGCAAAUACCAUUGCCUGUUUCUCUCCACAAGGAGCUGGUGUCAAGGUAUUUUCUUGGAAUGGUGGCUCCAAGCUAAUUAAUCCUAACAAGUAUGUGAAGACCUUGGCUCUUGUGAAUGGCAAACUUUAUUGCGGAUGUCAUGAUAAUAGCAUCCAGGAAAUAGAUUUGGCAUCAGGGACACUGGGUUCAAUUCAAACAGGCAACAAGAAGCUACUAGCGAAAGCCAACCCGAUAUAUGCAUUGCAAGUUAAUGAUGGGCUGCUCUAUUCAGCAAGCAGUACUUCAGAUGGCUCAGCAGUUAAGAUACAUAAUGCUUCAAACUACACCCUCGUAGGAUCUUUGCCAUGUACAGCAGAGAUACGGUCAAUAGCCAUCAGCGCAGAUUUGAUAUAUAUAGGGUGUAAGAUUGGGAUUGUGGAUAUAUGGGCAAAAGAAAAGCUUACAAGGAUUGCGAGUCUUCAAACAAAGACAAACUCUAAAGUACAAUGCAUGGCUGUUGAUAGCGAGGGAGAAGUUUUAGUUGUGGGCACAUCUGAUGGAAGGAUUCAGGCUUGGGGACUAGCCUAAAAGGAAGCAAGGGGAUGUACAGUAUAGAAAUUUCAUUUUAAUUGUCCAUAAAGGAAUAAGAAAAGAUUUUUUAUUCAUUGAUUACUUCGACAUGUGCUCAGAUUUCAGCCUUCAUAAUUAGAACUCUGAAAUUGAUACUAUGUAACAAGUUGCAAUUAUUCCAUUUUAGCAACUUUGGAAAUUGAAAUGCUUCAUUCCACUAAUAUAUGUAAUUAAAGGGAAGUGUAAAUGCAUAUUCAAUUAAUCUUUUGGUCUUUUGG